CUGGGAAGCGGCGCCAUAUUGGCGUCGGCUGCGCUGUAUUGUCAUAAAUAGAGCCGGUUUUGUGGUGUUUUCACUACUCGGUUGGAUGCCUCGGCCGUAGUUAAGUGAGGAAACGAGGGAGGGAGGGAGCGAGCGAUCUGCAAGCGAGCGGAGGAGAGCGGACGGGGGAGAAGGAAGGAGCAAGGACAGGACUCCGGAGCGAGAGACCCUCGCCGGAGGAGGAGACGCAGGAAGCGAUGAAAGAGAUGUCUGCAAACACUGUGCUGGACAGCCAGCGUCAGCAAAAGCAUUAUGGAAUCACCUCUCCAAUCAGUCUGGCAUGUCCUAAAGAAAUUGAUCAUAUUUACACAGAGAAAUUAAUUGAUGCCAUGAAACCAUUUGGAGUAUUUGAAGAUGAGGAAGAAUUGAACCACAGGCUGGUGGUUCUUGGUAAAUUGAACAAUUUAGUAAAAGAAUGGAUUUCCCAUGUCAGUGAGAGUAAGAAUCUCCCACCUUCUGUUGUGGCCACUGUCGGUGGUAAAAUUUUCACAUUUGGAUCCUAUAGGCUUGGAGUACACACCAAAGGAGCCGACAUUGAUGCACUUUGUGUAGCUCCAAGACACGUGGAGAGAUCUGAUUUUUUUCAGUCUUUCUUUGAGAAAUUGAAACAUCAAGAUGGCAUUAGAAACUUAAGGGCUGUAGAAGAUGCUUUUGUACCUGUUAUAAAAUUUGAAUUUGAUGGUAUUGAAAUUGAUCUAGUCUUUGCAAGACUGGCGAUACAAACCAUAUCAGAUAACUUAGAUCUAAGAGAUGACUCUCGUCUGAGAAGCCUUGAUAUAAGGUGUAUUCGCAGCUUAAAUGGAUGUAGAGUUACUGAUGAGAUUUUGCACUUAGUGCCAAAUAAAGAAACUUUCAGACUCACCCUGAGAGCGGUCAAAUUAUGGGCAAAACGACGUGGUAUUUAUUCCAACAUGCUGGGGUUCCUUGGUGGUGUCUCCUGGGCCAUGCUAGUUGCCAGGACUUGCCAACUGUAUCCAAAUGCAGCAGCUUCUACGUUAGUUCAUAAGUUCUUCUUAGUUUUUUCCAAGUGGGAAUGGCCAAAUCCUGUGCUGCUGAAGCAACCAGAAGAAAGCAAUUUGAAUUUGCCGGUCUGGGAUCCUCGGGUAAAUCCAUCAGAUAGGUAUCAUCUCAUGCCCAUAAUCACCCCUGCCUACCCACAACAGAAUUCUACGUAUAAUGUGUCCACAUCAACUCGAACAGUAAUGGUAGAAGAAUUUAAACAAGGUCUUGCAGUCACAGAUGAAAUUCUCCAAGGGAAAUCAGAUUGGUCCAAACUACUUGAGCCACCCAAUUUUUUUCAGAAGUACAGACAUUAUAUAGUCUUGACUGCCAGCGCAUCGACAGAAGAGAACCAUCUAGAGUGGGUUGGAUUAGUAGAGUCUAAAAUCCGUGUACUUGUUGGAAACUUAGAACGGAAUGAAUUUAUUACUCUUGCCCACGUAAAUCCCCAGUCAUUCCCAGGAAAUAAGGAACAUCAUAAAGACAACAAUUACGUGUCAAUGUGGUUCCUCGGAAUAAUUUUUCGGAGAGUAGAGAAUGCAGAAAGUGUUAACAUAGACUUGACGUAUGAUAUACAGUCAUUUACUGAUACAGUGUACAGACAGGCGAACAACAUAAGCAUGUUGAAGGAGGGGAUGAAAAUCGAAGCGACGCAUGUGAAGAAAAAACAGCUUCAUCACUACCUUCCGUCAGAGACUCUUCAGAAGAAGAAAAAGCAAAGCCUGUCUGAUGUCAGUCGGAGUUUGGGUGGACUUCAGUCCAAGAGACCAUCGCUGGACGGCAGCUGCUUGGAUAGCUCCAGAGACACAGACAGCGGGACGCCCUUCACCUCCCCGGUGUCUUCAGUCAAACCUUCCAAGCCCGACAGUCCUGGGGGAGAAACAGAAAGGUCUGCUUCUCAAAACCGGCCGUACCGUCUUCUGUCAGUUUAUUUGUGGAUAAUGAGCAGUGCUGAGCCUGCCCCUGUGGGCGUGGGGAAGCCGCUCAGUGUCCCAGCAGCUCAAGGACUCUCUAUUCCAGUCAUCGGUGCCAAAGUUGACGUCACAGUAAAAGCUGUGUCACCCCCAGCCGUGUGCACCAUCCCUACAGUAGUGGGACGAAAUGUCAUUCCCAGAGUCACCACACCCCACAGCCCUGCCCAGGGGCAGCCGCAGCUCAAUGGGAUAGCGAAUAUAACCAAGAAUGUUCUACCCAAGAGAUCCCACUCCCCAUCCACAGACGGCUCAUCCAAGAGGUUGAAAGACAUAGAAAAGUUUAUUCGACUUGAAUCAACAUUUAAGGACUCUCGUGCUGCCGAAGACAGAAAGAGAAAAUCAGCGGAUGCCAUCAGAGGAGAGUCUAUGCCUAUCCCGACUAUUGACACAUCGCGCAAGAAGAGACUACCCAGUAAAGAACUGCCAGAUUCUUCAUCUCCAGUUCCAGCAAAUAACAUCCGUGUCAUCAAAAAUUCAAUCCGACUGACCCUUAAUCGGUAAAAGCAGUGCCUCCCCACUUACGUGAAUAUGCAAUCAUUUAGUGGCAUAGAAGCAGCCACUCUCUUUAAAUAGAAGUGGCCGUCACACAUAACCUGGUGAAAGUUACAGUCAUCGGCCUCCUGACCUUGACCUGGUUUUGAACCCUUACACUUUGACCUGCAGAUGCCGUAGCAUUCGCUCACUGAUUGCUACGGACACUUCCCCCAGGAUCACCUGCCGUCAGAUUGUCAUCCGCGGUUGGCUUUGCGUUUGGAGGUUUUACUGCCUUAACUUUCAGUGCUUAUUCUCUGUUCUGGGAACCAGUUCUUGGCCACUUGGACACUGAUAAAAGAAGUCCUGAACUCCUUUUUCUUUUCUUUUCUUUUAAGUCUUACGUUGUAAUCAUUGUAUAGAGCUAAAAAAGUUGAAAACAAAACAAAACAAAAAAAAUUUCUCUUGUAAUUUUCCAGUUGUUAACCCAUUUCCUUUAGCAUUGAAGCCACUUUGUGGAACCUGAGAUAAGUGAAUGUGAGGUAUCUUUCCUGCUUCCGUCAGUCAUGUAGAUGUACUUACUGUCUAUUCUGUUGAUUUAAAUUAUUUUUUUCCAGAUUGGCACAUGGAAUAUUUAAACUCUCGGGUGUGUGCCUUUCUGUCCAGAUGUCGCAUAGUUAUCAGGGAAGAUUAGUCCAGUGAUUACAUACAAGAGUUGGGCACCAUGAAUUCUUUAUACUUUGCCUCCCAUGGAGGCCUCUGAAAUGCAUCUUUAUUAAAAAUCAAAAUGUGACCAGGACUCUGAAGGUCUGCAUGUGAACGUGAGGUGGUUACGUGCCCUGUCUCACACCAUUCUUGCUAGUUGACUGGUGUUCUUCACUGAGAAGCAGCUCGUUCCAGCAUCAAAAAUAAGACAGCAUCAGGUGUGAGACACUUGUAUUUCUGAGUAUAAAAUAACCCGGCAUGAUAACCCCUCACCAUCACCUUCCCCACAGCUUCACACCGUCCCCUCGCAGACGAGGCGUGCAGAGAGAAGCGGGGGGCUGUGCUGGAACGGGGGGCGUUUCUGAAUGCCAUUGUCAGCCACCAUUAACUGGCUCAGGACCUGUGUGACGUUUAUUUAACCGUCUGACUUGUCUUUUUUUACACGGCUUUUUUCAAGGCAUUUCUUAAUAUUUUUUAAGUUUCAUGACCGCAUGCUCAGUUUAUUAAAAUCCAUAACCAUGUAAUUCUUGUAAUGUUUGAUUCCGUUUUGUAAAUGAAGUCGUAUGUAUUUUCAGAGUAUUUUUGUAUGUACUGUAAGAUCCCAUCUUUUCAAAGAGAAAACUUUAAAACCUUUGUUGUCUCUCUUUAGUCUAAUUUUUAAAAUACGGAUUAUGCUUGAAUGAUUCUUAAAAUGGGAAUGUACGGAUUGCACAACCCAGAAUGCCAGUAGAUAUUACCUUCUUCAGCUUUCACUCAGCAUUUGCCAGGCCCGGUAGGGAAAACACAGAGUGGUAGAUUUGAAUAUUGGUGGAAAAGUCCUGACUGUGUAUUUUAUAGGAGUCGCGGGACCCAUCUGGCCCGUGGGGUAGUAGCAGUCCAUGUCCUCUUGCAAGCCCCUUGCCGUUAAGGUGGAAUCCUUGAACCCUGAUUGUCAAAGAGCAGGAUCUUCCUCUUCCCUGACCCCUGUGUCUCUAAAAUGGAAAUUCUAGAGUUUAACUUGUACAAAAGAUAACAUGAAAAAACUUCUUGGAAGGAGAGAGCAAGGAGAAAUAAUGGUUGUUCCAUUAUUCACUUUUUACAUAACAAAAGGCAAAAAUGAAAUCCUAUGACCAGGUUGUAGCUACCUUGGCAAAGCUCUUCUCUUAGCUUUUCCUUUAUUAAAAUAUUUUGGGAUUUGUUCUCCAGAUACUCUACUCAAGCAAAAAUGAAUGAUUAUGAAAGGACUGAAUAAAUGUCACCUGACUUCAAACUUUGAAAAGUUCUGUAGUAAGGGAUUUGAUUAAAUUCUGUAUAUUUGAAGUGUUUGCCUUUCUGUAUUUAAUCUCUUAGCUAUUACCCUCUGCUUUUAAAGCAGUCUUCAGAAUCUCUAAGAAUUUUCUAUAGAUCCAGGUUUACCUGUUAUAUGAAGUAACCAGUGGUACCUUUCUUUAAUAAGAAGAAAGCAGUGAUACUUUGUACUGCAGGACAGACAUUUCUCUGGGUGUACGCGUCCACUCAGCAUGGGUUAAGACAAUCGACGGUUCAACGUUAGAAUCCUCCAAGAUAACAUUCUGCAACCUAUUUGUUAACUGAGCAGUUGAUUAAAUGCCUUUGAGAUGGUGGGUUGGUCAGAAAUGAAGUGUUUCCUGUCCUGGACAAUAAGGUAGAAAACAUUCAUUAUGUUUUGUUACCACAGUAUGGAGACUUCACUGUACCGGCUCCCAGUAAGUAAAAGAAGAAGGUGUGGUUUGGGAUUGCAUGUUACGUGCUGAGGUGUAAAGUACAUGUGUUUGUAUUCAAGUGUACCUAGAAAUAUAUUUUAUAAAGUCACAUUACCCGUUCCUCAAAGUCUAGAUACAUGUUCAUUUUCACAAGCAUGUUAAAUUUUAAUCUGCUCAUUUUUCAGUGACUCGCUAUGAGGAAUAAUAUACAUCAAGGGAAAACGGUUAAUCUGCUUAAGGGCUUAACCAAUUUGAAAUAGAGGAUACAUAGCUUAAAACCUUGUAAAACUGGGACAGAAGAAUGAAUUUUAAGACUGUGUUGGUGCUUAAAAUAAAGAGUAACUUUGUCUUACUGUAGCAAUUUAACUUACUAUAGUGACGACAAUGAAGUGAAGAUGGGCGACGCCGAAAUGGGCUAAACUUUACUUUCUGCAGCAUCCCACAGUUUUGAAAUAGGAGUUCCUGACCUGGGGAUAACGGAGCCUUAGGGGGUCCUUUGCAGUUGUACAUGAUGAUAAUGUUUUUGAGUGUAUGCAUUUUUCUGGGGGGAAGGUGUAUAUAUACCUUUCAUCAGCUUCUCAAAGUGGUUCAUGACCCUAUGAAAGGUUAGGAACCACAGCUUUCCAGGACUGAAUAAUAAUGAACUAUUUGGAAUGUCUUCCAGUGUGAUGUUUCUGCAGUGUAUUUCUGAAAACAUACUGUGGCUCUCAGCUAGUAAAACGAGCUGAUGGGGGUACUCUGGGACACUGGAUUUCUCCCCAGGGUUCUUUAUAUUCUUCAGAAGUGUAACUGCGUCACUAUUAGACCAGUGCUUACUGUGGGAUUUACAAGUAUCUUCACGUUAACUUAGAUUCGUUAACGCAGUAAAACGUCUCGACAACUCAACCUAAAAUGAGUACAAUAACUUAGAAUGAUCAUUGGAAAUGGUAGAAAAUAGAAGUAACUGUUAAAGACCCUGGUGCUUGGAGUUCGGUGGCAUUAACGGUUCUCAUUGUUCCUCCAUGUCUGUAGUUUAGGCCGUGACAGACUGAGCAGACCAACAAAUAAAAGAGCUGUAGUUGAAAAAUAAAUUUUUUGUAUAAAUAAAACUGCGUGUGUGUUACAGAAUCACCUGUUAGAUUUCCCAAAGCUGAGACUUCGUCAUGGUGCUAGUAUUAAAAAAUAGUGUGGAUGGUGGAAGGAAACACAGCUCAGUAAUGGUAACUAUUUCCUUAGGGUUUUUUAAAAGAAUUGUACGAGGUCACAUCCUUCCCAAAUGCCCUAUUUUUUUCUGAAAUAACUUUUCUGACAUAAUUUUAUACUUAAAGUCGGUUGACCAUAAGAUUACCAUCAAGCUUGCUAUAAUUUCUCAACUAUCGCUGCAUUUCAGCAAAGAUCCACGCAAUUACCUUACACAGCACUUAGGCUGUCUUUGAGCUAAACGGUGCCACGUCACUGGACAGUGUUAAGUAAGCUGAAUGCAGCUGCUGUUCCCGUCUGGCUAGAUGUCUGUGUAGCUCACAUGAAUUGUCCCUGCCUUUCUGGAUCGUCUUACCUCUUAGUUGUACGCAUGAGCCUCAUUGUUUGUGUGGAAUAAUCAAAUAAACUUGCUUUCAUAAUUGGGUGUUGAUGAUUGAUAUUAUUUGGAAAUAACUCAGAAGUACCAGAAAUUUUUAUUUUUCAAACUUACAGCCAGUUUAGUCAUUUACCACUCAGACUCUUCACUAGUCAGAUACUUGUAUCCACGAACAGAAGCUGGCAAGUGUUAGCUACUCCCCCACAACUUACUCCCCGCUUAAUGUGAAAGUGAAGCUCACCUCGGUUUUGCCUCACCUGUUGUUAAGUGCCACUGAGUAGGUUCUGACACAGCGACCCUAGUGUAACACAACGAAACACUGCCCGGUCCUGCGCCAUCCUCACAAUCGUUGCUCUAUUGGAGCCCACUGUU